AUGGGAAAUGUAAUGGAAAGCGCCUAUUCAGGAAAUACUAAGUUGGAGACAUGGUCUCCGAAUACCCUUCGAGCUGCGGGAUUAGAUGCCGUACCAAUUCCGUACGACAAAGAUGCCUCUUCUGUACAUAAAGAUAAUAUAGAAAUAAGAGAGGUACAAAGGGACGUUGCAGAAUUAUCUUUACCCAAUUACCAAAAUAUUAUAUUAGAAAAAGAAGAACUUCAACAGUCUGCAGUACGAACAUAUGGAUCUGGAACUGUACUUUUCGACAUUACUGCAGAAGAGGAAGAUGUCAUGGAAUGGAUGCAUUUGGAACCAGAACCACACACACGUGAGAAUGUGAAACGUUUAUGUAAUCAAGAUUCAGUGGAACAUUUGUUUUCAAAACUUCGACAACGCGGAGGAUUUAAUCCUAAUCCAACCGCAAGAAUGGUACGACUGUCUGUUAGACAUAUUCUUUCUACGGGUUACAUUCUGGCAAGCGAUAAGGGCAACGUUCAAUGUUCUGAAAGAUAUGUAGCACGACGAUGUAUUGAAAAAAAUGAUUGUAACUAUUGUCGUCAAAUAAUGUUAAAAACACCAAUGGAAGACGUAACAGCUAAUGAAAAAUAUAUCGAAUAUCGAGAAUAUCCUAAUGCAGACGAAGAUGCGCCGACAGUCACGAAAUUAGUUCGACUAACAAAUCUUUUUAUAAAUAUCAUUAAAACACAGUUAAUGGCUUUUAAUCGUUCGUGGCAACAUCAUUGGGCAUCCACACAACUUCUUGAAAAGAUGAUAAAUGAAGUUAUUAUGAUGUCAAGAUCUCUCAAGGUGAGCAUCGCAACUGUGUCAGUCGGUAGUCCCACCGGACGAAUUGAAGCGGCAAUAGGAAAUAAAUAAAUAUAGCCCUUGAAAAUCGUCUCCAUUUAGCAAAUAAUUUCGAAUAUUACAUUAGAGGAAUAUAACGAGA